AUGAACCAGGAGGUAGUUUCUGCUGGAUGGUUUAUUUACUGGCACUGUUCUCAGUUCGUAUAUUGUGUGGUUUGGAAUGAAAGGUGGCCAUUAACCCCUCUCACAUAUGAACAAGUGUGUAAUGAUACUCUGGACUCUCUUUCUGAGUAUUUUGAAGAACUAGUUGAGAAAGCAUCCCAUCUGAAGUCUGCAGAUGUAUCAUACAGCGAUGGUGUAUUAACAGUGCAGUUUGGGGUGCCCUAUGGUACAUAUGUGAUCAACAGACAGGUCCCAAACUUGCAGAUCUGGUUGUCAUCUCCUAUUAGUGGACCAAAGCGAUAUGAUUUUCACAAUGGAUGCUGGAUGUACCGCCAUGAUGGGGUCUCAUUACAUGAGCUCCUGAAUCAGGAGAUCCCUAACAUCGUGAAUCAAGACGUUGAUUUCUUCCGUUGUGCCUACAGUGGCAAGAGUAAAUAGGACUGCUGUGUGUUCAUUGUCAUUAUACUUGGAGUUUCGUUGCAAUAAAAUGCAUACUCCCCGGUA